CAAUCUUCUGAACCGUGCUCACGCCACAAACGUGUUUCUUGGGCACGGACUGUAAUGCCGUUUUCUGUAGUAUCCUACCGAGUAUGCUGGUGUCAUUAUCACGAUACAGCGCGACACCAUGGAUCACAGCAACGAAGAAGCAAUUCUUUCUCCAAAUGGAUCGCUUGUCAAACAAAUCAAGUCCCAGCGAAUCCAGCCCAGUGUGGCUCAGAAUCUCCCAGCCUUCUACCGCAACGUUGAAGAAGCGCUCGACGGGCGCCGCGCCACCCAAAGUUUGUUCUCCAUCGUUAAUAAUAACUGGCAAACAAACAAUGCCGUCGAUUUUUGCUCUAAUGACUACCUCUCCUGGAAUACAACCGGUUUGAUUCGUUCAAGCUUCCUCGACGAACUAAGCCGCUACCCUGAUUUCAGCGUCGCUGCCGGUGGUUCAAGGGUCAUGGAGGGCAACUAUCCGUAUAUCGAGGAAACUGAGCUGGAAAUUGCGGCCUACCAUGGAGCUGAACAAGGACUAAUUGUGAAUUCGGCAUUUGACGCCAAUGUCAUGGUCUGGUCUGCGCUUCCCCGGCCAGGAGAUGCUAUCGUAUACGAUAGCUUAGUCCAUGCCAGUACCCACGAAGGCAUGGAACGUAGUCUCGCAAUCCAGAGAACCGAGUUCCAACAUAACGAUAUCAAAGCUUUCCGCAACACAUUGGCCUCGAUCCUGGACUCCCAGCCACUGAUCAAACAGGGCAGACGUUCUAUACUUGUAGCAGUCGAAUCUGUGUAUAGCAUGGAGGGCGAUGUUUGCCCCUUACUUGAACUUGUUGAAGUAGCAGACGAAGUUUCCCAAGGUCUUGGAAAUAUUCAGUUCGUAGUAGACGAAACACACAGCGCUGGGCUGAUUGGACCGAACGGUACAGGCCUUGUAUGCGAGCUCGGUUUGGAGACAGAUGUCGCGGUGCGGCUACACACUUAUUCCAAGGCAAUGGGCGCCUGCGGAGGAAUCAUACUCAGUAACGAGCUGAUCAAGUCCGCGCUCAUCAAUUUUGCUCGCCCUACAAUAUAUUCCGCAUCGCCACCGUUCCCAUUUGUCGCAGCAAUUCGGGCUGGGCAUAGGCUGCUUGGUACUCCAGAAGCACUAAAGGGACAAGAGAGCAUACAAUUUCUUGCUCGGACCUUCUUCGAAUCGUUGACCACGCACCCGCUGUGGCCAACAGCUCAAAAAAGGGGUAUUCUCUCCGUACCACUGGCCACCGGCUGGGAAGAACGCCCAUUUCUUACUCAUAUCGUCACUAUCUGGACUCGUCAGAAGUAUACUUAUUGGAUCUACAUGCAUCUCCUUUCUGCCUCGUUUUUCGUCCUUCCAGUUAAGCAACCAAUAGUACCCAGCGGCGAGAGCCGACUUAGAGUUACGUUUCACGCGAAAAAUACGGCUGCACAGGUGAUAGGCCUGGUAGACCAAAUAUUCGCUUGGUUGGAAGAGAUCAUGGCUAUUGAGGACGGGAUGGCAGAGCAGAAGGUAACGAAAGCAGCCAGAGAAGUCUAUGCAUGGAUGAAGCGGGAAGGGCUGAAAGGAUUCGGGAUGGUGUAGUACGUAAUCUUCCGAUGCAAGAUGAUCUGUGACACAUGCAAGACUUCCACUCUGUAACUCUGCAUGAAUGAUACGCACA